AUGGGCAAACUGGUCAUUGCAUCUUCUCAAUUCCAAUCACAAGUUGCAGAUCUCCUUCCCUGUAACAAGUGGAGGAGAUCACAACUCGUUCAUGGAUUGAUCGACUGUUAUUCACUCUUGGAAAAGUUUGACCAUGUUAUAUCGAAGCCCUACUGCGAUAAAAGAGAGUUGUUGAAAUUCCAUGCUGAAUCUUAUAUAGACACUCUACUGAAUUCUAGUUAUAAUCAAUUGUUGCCCUACGAUGAAGCUGAAAGUUCUUGGACUCAAUUAAUCGAGAUGGAUAAAGACUGGUCACACAGGCAUGAUACGAAGGUUACCACCCAUUGGAGCACAAGAGCACAACUCUAUGAACACUUCCAGGGGCUAAGAUCAAGAAAAAGAUCUGCUGAUGAGGUAGACAGUAAUGAUACGCCACAAGAAAUUGAUUCCAAAGUUUUCAAUCUCGAAGGUGAUUGUCCCAUUUUUUCCUAUUUACCCAUGUACUGUCAAGUGGUAACUGGCGCUACGCUGAUGUUAGCCGAUUACAUCGAAUCGAAUACCCAGGAUGAGCGUACAAUUGCAAUCAAUUGGGAUGGUGGCAGGCACCAUGCAAUGAAGAAAAGAGCCAGUGGAUUUUGUUACGUUAACGAUAUUGUGCUUCUAAUACAAAAGUUGAGAAGUAAGGGUUUUCAAAGACUAAGUUACAUAGAUUUCGACUUACACCAUGGUGAUGGCGUAGAAAGGGCAUUUCAAUUCUCUUCCAAUGUUCAGACCAUUUCGAUGCACUUAUUCGAAUGUGGAUUCUUCCCAACAUCGGGCUCGUUAGAAGAUAACAAGAAAGGUAAAAAUAUCGCUAAUAUUCCGCUUGCCCAUGGGUUAAAUGAUGAAUAUUUAAAUGAAAUUGUCACACAAGUGGUUAUUCCUCUAACUGAUCGCCAUUCUCCGCAGGUAAUUAUCAUUCAGUGUGGAGGAGAUGGACUCAUGGGAGAUGAGUACAACGAAUGGCAGUUGACCAUUAAAGGGCUAUGUGAAAAUAUUCUGAAAAUUGUGAAUCGUUACAAGAACUGUUCCAUUGUAUUACUUGGGGGCGGCGGAUAUAAUCCAACCGUAAUGAGUAGAUUUUACACCUAUUUGACAGGCAAACUGAUAGAUCCGAAUUUUCUACAAGAUGAAGAUACAAUAAUACCAGAACAUAAAUUUAUCGAUGCAUAUCAUGAUGAGCAUUACAAAUUUUGGGCAUACGAAAUGGAAGGUUCACUUCUUCGGAAAACAUUGAAAAAUGAAAACGAAUUCAAAUUCAUCAACGAGAUUAAAAGUCACUAUGGUAUAUGA